CGCAGUAGCAAGUUCGCUGCCAUUCCUUUGCCUGUCCCACGUGUGUCGGUGCUAACUGUGGGCUGAUCGGAGGGUCCUGGCACGGGAAGAGUCAGGUUAGUUUUAUACCGCGCUUUAACACCAUGGAAGCAAAGAAUAAAGGACCAUUAAAGGCACGGGGGAAAAAACAAAAUAUGACAAAGGGCACCAAAUUUAGAAAUAAAGGUGCAGCGCCAGGCUCUCAAAAACAAGGCACAAGCAACAGCCCCAAGAAAACCCGAAAUAUCAAACCAAACAAAUUUGAAAAGGGCAAAAAGAUGCCUGAUAGGGCAGGAGGAAAAGCAGGCGUGAAACAGUUUACAGCUAAAAAUACAAAACAGGGUGAUGGUUUCACACAGAAGAGAAAACGCCAAACAGGGAACAAUGAUGGAGGUUCGGAAGCCAAGAAACCCAAGUGGGAAGACAUCAAAAAGGAAAAAAAAGAACUGAAGCAGACACGGCAGCUGAAUGAGAAGAGCAACUAUGAUGUCAUGACAAAAUCCAAGCAGAUCUGGGAGAAUAUAAGAAGAAAGGAUUGUGAUGCAACGAAGAGAUCUAAGCUGAUGAAUGACCUGCAGAAAUUGCUUAAAGGCAAUGUGAAAAGUAUUGCUUUUGCUCAUGAUACAACUCGUGUUAUUCAGUGUUAUAUAAAACAUGCAGAUGAGAAAAGAAGGGACGAUGUUUUUGAAGAACUAAAAGAACAUAUAGUAGACUUAAGUAAGUCUAAAUAUGCCAGAAACAUUGUCAGGAAAUUCCUUAUGUAUGGGUCCAAAUCACAAGUGGCAGAAAUAAUUAAAAGUUUUAAAGGGCAAGUAAAAAAACUCUUGCGCCAUUCAGAGGCAUCUUACAUUGUGGAAUAUGCUUACAAUCACAAAGCCAUUCUAGAGCAGAGGAACAGGCUGUGUGAGGAACUGUAUGGAAACACAUUCCGCUUCUUUAAGUCAGCUGUUCAUCCUUCUCUAGGCCAGGUAUUAGAAGCACAGCCUGAGAAGAAGGAAGCCAUCUUGGAGGAAAUGAAGCAGAUCCUUUUACCUUUGGCUCAAAAAGAAUCUGUAGUUAAGCAUUCACUGGUGCACAAAGUAUUCUUGGACUUUUUUACUUAUGCAACUCCAAAAAUAAGAUCUGAAGUGAUUGAGGCAAUCAGAGAGUCUGUAAUCUACAUGAUCCAUACACAUGAUGGAGCCAGAGUAGGCAUGCACUGCGUGUGGCAUGGCACUGCCAAGGACAGAAAAGUGUUUGUGAAAACCUUGAAAUCCUUUGUUGAAAAAAUUGCCACGGGAGAAUUUUCACAUUUGGUCCUGCUGGCAAUGUUCGAUUCUAUUGAUGACACCAAGCUUGUAAAGCAGAUAAUCAUAUCUGAACUUGUCAGCUGCUUGCCAAACAUUAUCGAUAACAAAUAUGGAAGAAAGGUGUUACUGUAUUUGCUGAGUUGGCGUCGUCCCGCACAUUUCCUGCCAGAGAUCAUUGAGGUGCUUAAGCAAGGUGAUGAAAAUGCAAACAGCAAGAAAAAUACAGCAGUUAGGCAGCGUGAAUUGCUGGAUGUAAUUUCUCCACCUCUACUUAAACAUCUUGAGGAGAACACACAAGAUUUGGUAUUCCAGAAUGCCUUAUGUGCUUUGGUCACGAGCAUUGUGCUGUACGCAGCAGGGGAUCCAGAGCCUGCCAUGUCUGCCAUAGCCAAUAUGGCAGCAGAGGAGUUUGUUGCUGGGGGCAAGAAUGGAGAGCUUCACAUUGCAGAACAUCCUGCAGGUCACCUGGUGUUGAAAUGGUUGAUAAAGCAAGAUAAAGACAUGAAAGAAAACGGCAAAGAAGGCUGUUUUUCCAGAACGCUGGUGGAACAUGUAGGCAUAGAAAACCUCAGCUGUUGGGCCAAGGUUAACAGAGGAGCAAUCGUCCUGUGCUGCCUUCUUGAGAGCUGUGAUGAAGAACUUUCCUGUAAAGUAAAAACUGGACUCAAGAAUUUGGUGUCGAAAACAAAAGACUCUAUAAAUACAAAAGCAAUUGAUGCCUUAAUAGAAAAGUUGAAUUCUCCCUAGUGAUUGCUUGUUUUAUGUCUUGUUAAGAUUUUAUCCCUUUUUGUACCCCAGGAGUAUGUAAUACCAAUGCAUUGCACAACCACCUUGGCAGGGAAAGUGUUAACCUUUCCCAUGUACCCAGAGAAAGACUGUAAUAAUGUUUUAUAUGUAUAAAUAAAACGCCUCUACCAA